AUGUCGUCUGUCCCAACAUUAUACUCGUACUGGAGAAGCUCAUGUGCUUGGAGAGUUCGAAUUGCCCUCGAACUAAAGAAGGUUGAGUACGAAAACAUUCCCAUCGAACUGGCAGACAAACAACAAGUAAGUGGUACAACUGGUACUGUAAUAUUAAGGGCUCUCAAAAGUAUUCAGAGCUGAAUCCAAUUGGAUACGUGCCUACCUUUGUCCACAAUGGUAAUGUCAUUACUGAGUCGUUGGCGAUAGUAGAAUACAUUGAUGAAGUGUUUCCUGGAGACUUCAAGUUACUACCUGGAGAUGCGGCCAAGAAAGCUCUGAUCAGAAGUCUGGCUUUGAUUGUAAGUCAUUAUAUUGCGCAUGGUAACUUUACUUUAUAUACUGUACGUAGUAAAAUAAUUUACGUGAGUUUUUUUGGGGCCAUACUAGAGAAAGCACCCAACAUAAUAAAGGCACCCACUAAUGGUUUAAAGCACCCAGCAAUCUUUAUUCAAAUUUUAUCAUUAUGAAACGUAGCGCUUUCGAAGAGCGGUGUAGAAGUGUCCAAUUCGUGAAUGGCGAUUGUUGUAGCGAAAACUGAAAAAAAUAUAAUAAGGUGCACGGCUACUGUAACUAGAUAGUUGGCCACUAUAACUAGAUGGUUGGCUACUGUAACUAAGAAAUGGGCUACUAUAACUAGAUAGUUGGUUACUGUAACUAGAUGGUUGGCUACUGUAACUAGAUAGUUGGCCACUACAACUAGAUAGUUGGCUACUAUAACUAGUUAGUUGGCUUUUGGCUACUGGAACUAAAUAAUGGGCUACUGUAACUAGAUGGUUGGCUACUGUAACUAGAUAGUUGGCCACUACAACUAGAUAGUUGGCUACUAUAACUAGUUAGUUGGUAGUUGGCUACUGUAACUAAAUAAUGGGCUACUGUAACUAGAUAGUUGGCCGCUAUAAGUAUCAGUCAUUCCACUAAAGAAUUUGACAAUUGCACGGUGCAGUCCCUGGGAAAAUCGCGCCAUUUUUUAUCCCACUGCACCGUGCAGGUUCCUCCGCGAUCACUUGCAACCCCAAACGAUGAAAGAAAGAAUGCACAGUGCAAGCCCCCAAUAGUCAGGCGACUUGCAACAGUCAAAAAAAUUUUGUCGCAAACCUCCCAUUGAACACAGUGGUGGCUUGAGCGUUGCGACAAUCGCGACACGCUGUCGCAUCGCCCUUUAAAUUACGACGCGACAGUUUGUCGCAAGCUUUGCACCCUGCGACACUGCGAUUCCCAUUGGGAAGUCGCAAGAUGCAAGCGAAUGUCGCACGACUCGCUGAAUGUUGUGUGACGUCCCUCAAUUCUCGGCGCGACAGCGAUUCCUCCAAAUUGGGGUUUGCGAUUUUGUCAAAUUCUUUAGUGGAAAGACUGAUAGAUAUUUGGCUACUAUAACUAGUUAGUUGGUAGUUGGCUACUGUAACUAAAUAAUGGGCUACUGUAACUAGAUAGUUGGCCGCUAUAAGUAGAUAGUUGGCUACUAUAACUAGUUAGUUGGCUUUUGGCUACUGUAACUAGAUAGUGGCUGCUACAACUAGAUAGUUGGCUACUGUAACUAAAUAGUAGGCUACUAUAACUAAGAUAACAUUAAUACUAUGGUAAAAUCAAACGUAUUCUUUAAAUAAAUACUAAAUUCUUACCUGUUAUCCAUCUGUAUAGCAUAGUAAAAGUCUUCAUAAACUCGAUAGAAGAUGACUUCUUUGAAGGUGGUUGAUCUUGGCCUAGGUUGUCAGGUUGUCGAUGGAUCCAUGAUCACCACGAUCAGAUUCCAUGCUGACCCGACCGUCUCACGCAGUCGAUAAAAUAUGAAUGACCGUUUUCAAAAAAAGGAAAAACAACAAAAUGAAAUUGCAAGAUUAUGCAAAAUUUGAAUACUUUUGGGUGCCUUAAAUAGGAUAAAAAUUGGGUGCUUUCAUUAGUAAUACUGGGUUAUUUCUUUAGCUUAGCGCAUGUAAACACUUUUCAAAGUCUUUUAAUUUCUAAACUCACGAGAACGUUGUUGUAGAUUAUCGCCAACAUUCAGCCCCUGCAAAACCUGAAUGUUAUUGAGAAGUACGGUGGGAGUGAUACUGAUAAACAGGUCGAAUGGGCCAAACAUUACGUCGAAAAGGGCUUUGAUGCCCUCGAGAAAAGACUACGGAAGACGGCUGGAAAGUUUGCGGUCGGUGACGAGAUUACUCUAGUCGAUAUCUGCAUCCCAGCUCAAGUUUACAAUGCUUCGGAGUAAGUCGGUAUAACAACAUGACCGAUCAUGUUCACGCACUAGGUUUCACUUAUUUUUGUUUAUAUUUUAUGUUUAUAUCACUUCAAGUUGACAUUUUUUAAAGCGAUGACAAAACAUUUCAGGAGCUUCAAAGUGGAAAUGACAAGGUAUCCAAUUAUAAAACGUAUUAGCGAUACUUUAUCCAAGCUACCAGAAUUCAUAAAAGCUGAUGAAAAACAUCAACCUGACACUCCGCAAGAGCUAAAGGCUUGAACAACAACUGUAAUAUUAACAUCUUGUACAUCUAAAAUACCCAGUUGGUCACGUUUCAUGCGGCAUUUUUAUUAGGUUACAUUUCUUGUCACUUUUUGACCAAGUUUGUAUAAUAGUUUCUUUUUUUGAAACCAUAAAUAAAGUUUAUAUCGUAUCUUUAAUCAAACCUAACUUAUAAAUAAAGUUUUGCGCAAUGAUAUUACACCGCCACAACAGCUAGAGCAAGCUUAAAAACCACUCGUAAACAGCCAUCGCUGCUGAUAUAAGUCCUUCCUUUGUAUCUUUUUACAUUUAGUUAGGUAUUCAAUAAACUAUUUUGCUUAUCUUUACAGAUAAAAAUGACUUUUGUUCACUUUAAUAAGUAUAAUAUUGCCAUUGUUUAUAAUAACUUCUAGAAACAACAUAACAAUGUCGGAUCCCAUCCUGUACACAUACUGGAGAAGCUCGUGUGCGUGGAGAGUUCGAGUAGCAUUAGAAUUGAAGAAUGUUGAGUACCAAAUGGUGCCGAUUCAUCUUGUAAAACAAGAACAGGUAAGUGGCAUACUCGAGUAUCAUAAUAACUUACCUUCAGAACUCUGAAAAGUACCUGGAACUAAACCCAGUGGGGUAUCUACCAGCAUUCAUGCACAAUGGUAACACUAUCACCGAGUCCUUGGCCAUUAUCGAGUACAUUGACGAAGUUUUCCCUCAGGGCCCAAAGCUGAUAUGCGGAGAUCCAGCCAAGAAGGCGUUGAUCAGAAGUCUCGCUUUGAUCGUAGGUUACUGUAACUUUAGUUUUCGCAACUUUAUAGUAUUUUAAAAUUGCAUUUUUAAUUUUACCCACUGUAACUUAUAGCAUUUGACCUUAUUUUAAAAUUAUAUUGUUUUAGAUGAUUGCUAAUAUUCAACCCCUCCAUAACCUGAAUGUCAUUAUGAAAUACAGUCCAGACGAUGCUGAAAAGAGGUCUGAGUUUGCUCGGACAUAUGUGGAAAAAGGUUUCAAUGGUCUAGAAAAGAGACUAGCCAGUACUUCUGGUCGCUAUUCCAUCGGUGAUGACAUUACCCUAGUAGACGUUUGCAUUCCUGCUCAAGUUUAUGCUGCCAAAAGGUAUGUUAUAAGGUUUAGAAUGCAAGUAUUAAGUAUGAAAAGCCAAAAAUAAGACAAAAAGAAUUCUGUAUACUUUUCGACCAAACUUGCAUAACAUUAUGACUUAUAGAUUUAAUGUGGACAUGACCAAGUAUCCUAUCAUAAGUCGGAUCAACGAUGAACUCUCGCAGCUUCCUGAAGUAAUCAGAGCUGACGAGAGACAUCAACCAGACACCCCAGAUGAGUUCAAAGCAUAA